AUGUCUGAAGUCAGCAGCCAGUUUCCCAUAGACCCCAUCACUGCAGUUGGAGUAGUGUCUUCACCCAGCAAGGCCCCUGAUGGCUACUAUGUUGUUGCACAAACAACAGAUGGCUCUGACGCCGACCUGAGGAAGGACGGCUUAUUCAAAUCCAAGGUCACUCGCUACCUCUGUUUCACCAGGAAAACUGGGCCCGAUGUUGUCGUGGACAUGAAGCUGACUGAUAUUAAAGACGCCCUGCCAGAGUCGUUCACACCUGUGCAAGAAACAAUGGACACAAAGGAAGCUGCCAUGAGGAAGAGGAGGCUCUGUGUGAAAAUGAGCCCUCGUGAGGAUGCGAAGACAGCUGUAUGUGACAUCCAGAUCACGGCAAAGUCCAAGACCCAUCUUGUUAACUACACCUGUGUAGGCGAACUAAACAACAUGGGAAUAUGGUAUCGGUUAGGAGAUGUUCGCCAGCGUCAGCCGUCUAGAGUCACGUCCGGCAGGGUCGAAAGCGACGCCCGACCCAGCACAGCGAGCUCGAGGAUUUACUCUGAGCGUCACGGCACUGGACUCUACACCAUGACAGCUUUGGAUGAUGUGCCCUUUGUGGUCUCUGAGAAGUUUUCGCAAAAAAUCCCCAAAGAGAUGCAGCAAGUCAAUUUAAUGGGCAUUACGAUCAAAUCCCUGGCAGACAUCGAGGAGGAAUUUCAGUACAACUUCAGCACAGAGCGAAGCAUUGUUCUGUAA